AUGCAUUUUUCAACACUCGCCGUGGCGGCACUGCCCCUUGUGGCCAACGCAAUUCCCUCCCUCAGCUCUCGUCAGACAGCAACAAAAAUCACUGUCGACUUAAACAAGAAGUAUCAGACCAUGGACGGUUUCGGUUUUUCCGAAGCUUUCCAGCGGGCAAAUCUGAUUGUGAACAUGCCAGAGCCCAAAAGACGCGCGCUUCUUGAUUUGUUCUUCAGUACCACUACAGGUGCAGGCUUUUCGAUUUUACGAAAUGGUCUUGGUUCUUCUCCGGACUCAUCGUCAGAUCACAUGAAUACGAUUCUUCCGAAAUCACCUGGUGCAGCAACUGCGACACCGAACUACGUCUGGGAUGGCAAAGAUUCGGGUCAGUUUUGGGUUAGCCAGCAAGCUGUGACUUAUGGAGUCAAGCAAUUUUACGCGAAUGCAUGGAGUGCACCUGGAUUUAUGAAAAGCAAUGGGAAUGAUGCCAAUGGUGGUACAUUGAAGGAUGAGUGGAAACAGGCGUAUGCAAAUUACUUGAUUAAGUACAUCAGCUAUUAUAUUGACGCUGGAAUACCUAUUACACAUCUGGGAUUCCUGAAUGAGCCUGAUUUUACAGCGAGCUAUGCUAGUAUGCUGUCAAAUGGCGCACAAGCCGCUGCUUUCAUGAAAGUGCUUCGACCAAGUCUCGACGCUGCCAACAUGAGCCAAGUACAAAUUGUCUGUUGCGAGAACACCGGAUGGCAACAAACGAAUAGCAUGUACUCAGCUCUCAAGAAUGCCGGUGGAGAUCAAUAUCUCGGAGUGGUGUCAUCACAUGAAUAUACAUCUCGGUCAUCAGGAAGCUUGAGCAGUACCAAGAAGGGGUGGCAAACUGAGUACUCUGAUCUCAAUGGUGGAUGGACAACAAGCUGGUACAGUAAUGGUGGAUCUGGCGAGGGAUUGACGUGGGCGCAAACUGUUUACAGUGGAAUUGUCAAUUCCAAUUUAUCGGCUUAUAUCUAUUGGGUCGGAACUCAAGGUGGAAACACAAAUGAGAAGUUAGUCCAAGCGGAUGCGACUUCUUACACGGUCUCGAAACGUCUUUGGGCAUUGGCACAAUACUCGCGGACUGUUCGACCAGGAGCUGUGAGAGUGGGAACGAGCGGAGGGAAUUUCAAAACCACGGCGUUCAAGAAUGUGGACGGCAGUGUUGCUGUCAACGUCAUCAAUACAGGAACGAGUGCUGCGACUUUGACGGUCGCUGUUACUGGCUUCGUCCCUAAGAAUGCGACUAGUUGGUUGACUGAUAGUAAGAACGAUUUCACUGGGACUGCCUUGACAGUUGCAAGUGAUGGAAGUGUCGGUGGAUCCGUUCCUGCGAGGGCGAUGCUCAGUUUUGUACUUGCGCCUGCUGCUGUUGGGAACAGGACCGUUUAG